AUCUCGUUCGGUGCAGUUUUCCUUUAACACAACCCAGCCUUAGGGGACAGCUGUCUCUGGCUUUGGCAAACCAGCAACAUACUAAGCCCCACGGCCUCCUGGGAAAUUUAGUCCAGGACUUCUCCAGGGGAUGGAUGGACGCGGCCAGGUAAACAGCGUCCUCUAGGCACUAACUGGGGGCGUGCCUGGCCACAUUUUACCUGGAAGGCUGCUCUGAAUGCCACUUUGGCCUGGGAGUGCGCAGAUGCUCUCCACGCAGGGUCCUGCAGAGCGUGUCUGGAAGCCAGAAAAACGAACCCGAAUGUGGCACCUGAACUCUGGAGGAAUCCGCAAGGCCAGUCUUAAUGAGAGCUCAUCAAGGAGGCCCCGAGGCUGUGAGACCGUGGUGAGACCGUGUGUGACUAGGUUUCAAGGGUAGUUGAGGGAAAGAGGAACUGCACGCAGACAUGCAGUCAAGGUGUCAGACCAAGAAGUUAUCACAAGAAAAUACCAUUUUUGAGAGAGAAUUAUCUCAAUGGAAAAUAAUGAAAAUCUGUAAAAAACACAGCCUCGAACAUUUAUGUUUUAGAGGUAAUUGGGAAAGCAAUGGUCAGUUUGAAAUGCAAUGGAAAAAUCAGGAAGAAUGUUUCAAGCAUAUUAUACUCACCUGUGAAAAAAUAUCCACUUUUAGCCAGAACUUGGCUUUUAAUCUACAUCAGAUACUUAAUACAGGAAAGAAACCAAGUGACUUUAAAGAAUGUGGGAAAGCCUUUUGUUCUGGAUCAGACUAUUUUCAACAUCAAUUAAUUCACACUGAUGAGAAAUUUUCUGAAGGUGAUGAAUGUGCAAAGACUUUUCCUGAUUCAGAGCUUACUCAGUAUCAGACAGUUCACACUGCUAAGAAAACAUAUGAAUGUAAAGAAUGUGGGAAGGCUUUUAGUUUGCGUUCGAGUCUUACUGGGCAUACGAGAAUUCAUACUGGUGAAAAACCUUUUAAAUGUAAGGAAUGUGGGAAGGCCUUUAGAUUUCAUUCACAACUUAGUGUCCAUAAGCGUAUUCAUACUGGUGAGAAAUCUUAUGAAUGUAAGGAAUGUGGGAAGGCCUUUAGUUGUGGUUCAGAUCUUACUCGACAUCAGAGAGUUCAUACUGGUGAAAAACCCUAUGAAUGUAAGAAAUGUAGGAAGGCCUUUAGUCAGCGAUCACAUCUUACUAAACAUCAGAGAAUUCACACUGGUGAAAAACCAUAUGAAUGUAAGCAGUGUGGGAAAGCUUUUACUCACAGCUCACACCUAUCUCAACAUCAGAGAAUUCAUACUAGUGAGAAAUCUCAUAAAUGUAAGGAGUGUGGAAAAGCCUUUAUUCGUGGUUCAAAUCUUGCUCAACAUCAGAAUGUUCACGUUGGCAGGAAACCCUAUGAAUGUGAGAAAUGUGGGAAAGCCUAUAUCUGGAGUUCACACCUUGCCCGACAUCAGCAAAUUCAUACUGGUAGGAAACCUUAUGAAUGUAAGCAAUGUGGGAAGACUUUUAUUUGGGCCUCAUAUCUUGCUCAACAUGAGAAAUUUCAUGACAGAAAACUCCAUGAAUGUAAGGAAUGUGGAAAAUCCUUUCUUCAUGUCUCAGAGUUUAAUCAACAUCAGAAAAUUCAUACAGGUGAGAGAAACUAUGAAUGUAAGGAAUGUGGGAAGACUUUUUUUCGUGGUUCAGAACUUAAUCGACAUCAGAAAAUCCAUACUGGAAAGAAAACCUAUGAAUGUGAAGAAUGUGGAAAAGCCUUUCUUUGGGGUUCACAACUUACUCGACAUCAGAGAAUACAUACUGGUGAGGAAUGUUAUAUAUGUAAAGAAUGUGGGAAAUCUUUUAUCUGGGGUUCACAACUCACACGACAUAGGAAAAUUCAUGCUGAUGCAGAACACUAUGAAUGUAAGGAAAAUGGCCAGAUCUUUAGUCAUCAUUCAUAUUUUACUAAACAGAUAAUUCACAAUAGUGAGACUCUCUAUCAAUGGAAAGACUAUGUGAACACUUUCAGUCAUGACUCAAACUUGGCUCAACUCCAGAAUAUUUACACUUUUGAGAAAUCCUGUGAAUAUAAAGGUUUUGAGACAGCAUGUUCUCCAAGUUCUCACUUUCUUUCACUUGUGUAAAAUCUUAGAAUAUAAAAAUGUAGGAAAGCCUUUAUUCCUGACUUGUUAAUUGAUGUCAGUUAAUUCAUUUUGAGAAAUCCCACACUGUAAUAGUGCAAGAACUUUUGACGGAGCACACAACACACUUAACAGCAAAGAAUUCGUAAUGCAAUCUAUUGAAAUACAGGAAAGUACUCAUUGAUUGUCUGUUAUGGAAUAUUAGGGAAAAACCCUGUGAAUGAGAUGAUAGUGUGUAUCCAUUUUGAAUCAUUCUCAAAAUGUCCACAUCACUCUGGUAAUAUGCUGCAUAGAGUUUAAACUUAUUUCAUGUGGAAAAACCUUCCUUUCACUACUGAAAUCUUGUUGCACUUCCAUAAAAUACCAAAGACAAGCAUAUAUUAUGUAACUAGUCUGGAAAACCUUGAGCUAUGUCAUACAAUUUAUUUGGCAUGUCUUUACUUUCAACACAUCUCUGUACUUUUUGGAAAGUAACUGAAAUCCAUGUGUGCUUACUUGUUAGAUUAUAAAGGUUAAUUAGUUUGAAGAUUCAAAUGACUUAAUGACCAUCAUUAAUAUUAUUAACACUUCUAUAAGAGGAAGAGCUUAAGAGUAUAAGAUUAUAGACAAAAAUGGCAUCUGUAUGUGUGUCAUCCUGAACAGGAAAAUGUUAAUUCUGAAUAAAAACCAGUAAAAUAGAAUGAAGGGAAGAAAGCUUUAAACUAGUAUUAAUUACAUUUGUUGCAUAAAAAAUCAUACUAUAAAGAAAGCCUAUGGUUUUAAAGAAAAGGGUUUUUGAGUGAUUAGCAGUAUUUUUUAAAAAGGCAUUUGUGAGUUUUUUGUCUCUUAACAGAUUUCUAAAGCCAGAUGUCAUAUCCAUUUUAUCAUCACAAUUAAAAUUUAGAAGCUAGAAAAUAGCCAAAUGCAUUCUGAUCUCUUAGAAACUUAGUUCUCUCUCUCUAUGUAUAUAUAUAAACAAUUCUCUGAUUAAUGAGCAAAUCAAAAGUGAAAUUACAGGCUAUUUAGAUUUGAAUGAUAAUGAGACUGCUGUUAUAUCAAAUCCUAUGAAAGUGACCAUAGCUAUUCUCAAUGGAAAUUGUUCUAUCUUUAAAACUAAGAAAAUUGAAGGCAGUUUACUUUUUGUCACCACUGUAUCUACAGCACUUAGGACAGUGCCUGUCAUAUUGUGGAAUCCAAAUGCUUGUCAGAUUAAAUCAUGGCUACUCAACUAAAUAUGCUAGAAUAAGUGGAAAUGCCCCAAAUGAACUGAUGGAAAGUUUUAAGGAAAACAAAGCAAAUGUCAAAUCAGAACAAAUUUUUUUAAAAUACAGAAAUUCUUUAAAAUUUUUAAUCAUGUUUUUAAGUCAAAAUUUAUUUGAAGAAAACUAUGAGACUUUAGCAAUGUCUCCACAUUAUGAUAAGAAAAGAAAAAUAGACAACUAGAGAACUUUUUAAUGGUCACAUAAAUGAAACCUUUAUUAGACAUGACUUUUAAAUAUAGUGGUUUAUUUUCUAGGAAAAUGUUUUAAAAGAUUAAGUUUUGAAAGUAGCUAGAGAGACCAAAACUUUUUUUUAACAAUUGGAAAAGAAAAACUCUGGAAGGAACAGGAAAUCCUAUGGAAAAAUUGCUGCUUAUGUUAAAAUACUAAUGUAAUUCUGAUAAAAUUAGAUGUGAAAGAGCCCUUGAAGAACAAAAUCUAGAGUAAUUUCACUCGUGAAUAUAUAUGGAAAAAAAUAAUAGUAAAGUGAUAUUUACCCAGAGUACUUAACCACUGUUCUGGAUGGGUUGUAAUUCUGUAGUUUACAUCUGACAGCAAGAUAUCAAUGAUGAAAGUGUACCUUCUCAAUUCAGUACUUACACUAAGUGCAUUUUCUUGGUAUCUUUUAGUAUUACAUGAGAAAAAGAAUGGUAUGUGUACAUGUAUUUAACACAUUUUUUACUCAGUUCAUUAAGAGGGGUUAAACAGUACUAGGGAACAGUACCCUCCAAAACUAUUACCUUCUAUGGAAU